AUGCGAGCAUCCUCUGUUCUUAUCACCUUAUUUGGCCUGGUCGCCACCGGAUUGGCCGAAAAGUCUUGUACCCCGAGCUUUGAUUACUGCUCCGACUACUUGAUCCAAUCGAAAGGCUUCACCGAGGCCGAUCUCAAGGCGGUUUUAAAGGGAACCGACCUCGAAAAUGCGGACUUGAAGAAUGUUCUGUUCCACUGCAAGAACCCCGGUGAUGUGGGCCAUGCGGUGCUUUGCACCAGCGAGUGCAAGAACCCGGCAACCGAGGGCAGUCACAAGUGCGAUGGGUAA